AGCGGUUGUCAUUUUCGUUAUCUUCUUUUGUGGUCAGUUUGCAGUUUUUGCACACGACGGGAGGAAAAGAAAAUAAACCAGACCCCGAGAAAGUGAAAUUUUUAGUUGACUUCUCCAAGGAAAAUUGAUAAGAUUAUUGGAUAACAGUGUGAAGGAUUGGCAGUGGAUGAUGCGCGUUUAGAUGAGUUGGCGAAGCGAUAAACAAACUGACGGUGCAAUCGAUAUUUACUGUUCGUAUCGUAAUCGAUCCAAGAAGGAAGGAGUGCCUUGAUAAGCUCAACCCCAGAGGGACAGAAAGCCGACCAUGACCACACUGUUUGCCAGAAUUUUCCGCCAGGCAAAAGUUACGUUUGAACAGGCCAAUGCCGAACGUUUCCUCAGCAAUUUACAGAACCUGCGCGCCCUGAUGGACCAGCUGACGUUGGACGAUCUGAAUCUUGAUCCGGCCGUGGCGUCCCAGGAGACAUUCCAGGUUCCAAUAAAAGCGCCCUGUACGUUUAUCGAUAUCUACGAGAACAACUGCUUCACCAUGUCGGUCUUUGUGCUGCGGGAGAACUAUACGAUGCCACUGCACGACCAUCCCCGGAUGCACGGUCUGCUGCGGGUUGUGGCCGGUUCGGUUAAGAUUCAGAGCUUCACGGAAAUCGAUCGCCGGGAAGAGGUACGAAACGGGGACGAACUACGCCACGUGCUGGUCAGUGUGGAACAGGAACGGGUCAUCAGCGCCGGGAAGGCCGAGUGCGCCAUGCUUACGCCGACGGAGCGUAACUUCCACGAGAUCACGGCCAUCGGAGGGCCAGCGGCGUUCUUCGACAUCCUCAGUCCACCGUACAAUGCGGACAUUCCCGUGUACGGCAAACGGACUUGCUCCUUCUACAGGAAACUGCUGCUCCCCGGGGAUGGCGCCAACAACGAUGGACGCAAGCGAAUGGUGCUGGAGAAGAUUCCCACGCCGGACCAUUACUACUGUGAUACGGAGCAAUACGACACCCCGGAGUUUAUGUUAGGUAGCACUACCAACCAAUAGAACGAAUUCGUCUUAUAUGAGGAGCGAUCGAGCCGAGAUCCUUGAGUUUUUUUAAGAAUCAAGAAGUACAUCUACGCGUUGGACGGAGACGGCACAAAGAUAAUGUCCAGCACUACCCUUUCAAUAAAUACUAAACUUGUAAUAAGUAGGUACCGGUCCCCGAUCGACUAGCUGAGUCAACGUAGUUUGAUUGACUAAUUUUUCUUGCGUUAGUCGGGCCUCAAAUAAGGCGACUGUUUGUCCCCUUCUACGUCAUCGUAGUAUUUUCUGCUCCUCUUUGGUUUUAAGUUUGUACCUACACUCGCCGACAAAGAUUGUUAAUUGUAUGAUAUGUAUUGAGUUAAAAAUAAAGUAGAGUUACUUAUGGUUUAAGUAUAAAAGUUACCCGAA